CUUGUUUUGUCGACGUAAUAAACCUUGUCGUUACCAAACUUUAUGAACUCGAAAGUUGUCGCCUUUAAACCAAUCUUAAUCGUCGCCACGAUAAUUUCCAGAGAAACCGAGCCUAAACCACCGCUACUUCUUUUCCCGCCAGUGCCAGACCAUACACAAAUGCCCGCACUCAAACCCUGAUGAGUGAUGAUCAGAUCUCUGCGUUUCCUCCCGAACUUACUUUCGGACCCUCUUCUCUCCUCUUCUCUCCUUCACACUCGCUCCCUCUCACCCCAUAGAGAAAGACCUUCCAACUGGAACACAACCCACAGUCUUGUUCGAACGAAUCCACUCCUCUCCCUAUUAGAACAAUGCAAAUCCCUUUCCCAGUUGAAGCAAAUCCAAGCCCAAAUGGUCCUCACAGGCUUGUUCUCAGAUGGGUUUGCCUUAAGCCGGCUCAUUGCCUUUUGCGCGAUCUCUGAGGGGCGGAAUCUAGAGUAUGGCACCAGGAUUUUGUAUAAUGCGCAUGACCCAAAUGUGUUUUCUUGGAAUGUUGCUAUUAGAGGGUAUUCCGAGAGCGAAAAACCGGAAAAAGCGGUUGUGCUGUAUAAGGGAAUGUUGCGCAAUGGUGGGUCGAGGCCGGAUAAUUAUACUUACCCUUUGUUGCUGAAAGUUUGUGCUAGUUUAUCGUUGAAAUUGAUUGGGAAUGAGAUUCUUGGGCAUGUGUUAAAGUUGGGGUUUGAUUCGGAUAUAUAUGUGCACAAUGCAGUGAUUCAUAUGUUGGUUUCACGUGGAGAAUUGGAGGUGGCACGUAAGGUGUUUGAUGAAGGUUGUGUAAGAGAUUUGGUUUCUUGGAAUUCUUUGAUUAAUGGGUAUGUUAGGAGUGGGUUGGCAUGCGAGGCAUUAAGGCUUUAUCGAGAAUUGGAAGUGGAGAGAGUGGAGCCGGAUGAGAUUACGAUGAUUGGGGUGAUUUCUUCGUGUGCUCAGCUAGAGAAUUUGAAUCUUGGGAGAGAAUUUCAUCGGUAUAUUGAGGAAAAUGGGUUGAAUUUGACAGUUCCACUUUCUAAUGUGCUUAUGGACAUGUAUAUGAAGUGUGGGAAUCUUGAAGAGGCACAAGCAAUGUUUGAUAGCAUGGCAAAGAGAACAAUUGUCUCUUGGACUACAAUGAUCGUGGGAUAUGCCAAACUUGGGUUUCUGGAUAUUGCGCGGGAGCUCUUCUAUCAGAUGCCAGAAAAGGAUGUUGUUCCAUGGAAUGCAAUAAUUGGUGGUUAUGUUCAAGCCAAGCGCAGCAAGGAGGCUUUGUCUUUGUUUCAUGAAAUGCAAGCUAGUAAUACAAAUCCUGAUGAGGUGACCAUGGUUAACUGCUUAUCUGCCUGCUCACAACUUGGAGCGCUUGAUGUUGGAAUAUGGAUCCACCGUUACAUAGAAAAACACAAUCUCUUUUUAAAUGUUGCCUUAGGAACUGCUCUAGUUGAUAUGUAUGCCAAGUGUGGGAACAUCACAAAGGCUCUCCAGGUUUUCCAGGAGGUGCCUCAAAGAAACUCAAUGACUUGGACAGCUGUUAUCUGUGGCUUAGCCCUUCAUGGGACUGCACAUGAUGCCUUAUCUUACUUCUCAGAAAUGAUUGACAUUGGGUUGGUGCCUGAUGAGAUCACCUUUCUUGGGGUCUUAUCCGCUUGUUGCCAUGGAGGUCUGGUUGAAGAGGGUCGUAAGUAUUUUGCUCAAAUGAGUUCCAAAUUCAAUAUUUCCCCCAAGCUCAAACACUACUCCUGCAUGGUGGACCUUCUAGGUAGGGCUGGUCUUCUGGAAGAGGCAGAAGAGCUUAUUAAUAGCAUGCCAAUGGAAGCAGAUGCUGUGGUUUGGGGUGCAUUGUUCUUUGCUUGUCGUACUCAUGGGAAUGUUAUGAUGGGAGAAAUGGCAGCUUUGAAGCUUCUUGAGUUGGAUCCUAAUGACAGUGGAAUUUAUGUUUUGCUUGCUAAUAUGUAUGGAGAAGCAAAUAUGUGGGAGGAGGCUAGGAAUGUGAGGAAGAUGAUGAUGGAGAGAGGAGUAGAGAAGACUCCAGGUUGUAGCUCAAUUGAGGUGAAUGGCAUUGUUAAUGAAUUUAUUGUUCGGGACAAUUCGCACCCUGAAUGUAGACAAAUUUAUGAAUGUUUAGUUCAGUUAACACGACAAUCUGAGCUUGUCGGAUGUAUAUAUGCAUGAGCAGUUGCAGGCACUUCACAAUCAAGACACAAUGGUUGUUUGACCCUUGCACAGUGUUCAGAAGGUAGCUAGUCAGCUCCAUCUCAGUUACAUUCUUUUCCCAAGUGUUUAACUCACUGGGGAGGCUUCACAAGGCCUACUUUUUAUCAGAGGCCUUCUGCAUUUGGAAAGUAUUCUGUUGCAAGAUUGCAGUUCUUUGUGAACCACGGAUGCCAAGCUACCCUUUUUGUUGUUUCAACUAAUUUGCUGCUCUGAUUUGUUGCUCAAAGCUUGAGAGAUGAAACCAGGAAGAUUGGCUGACUGGCUUUCUGCCCCACAUGGGAUGAGAUAUACGCGAGGAUGUUGUUUGUCAAUUCCAGCUCAGGUUCACCAUAUCCUUUAACAUUUUAGCUUAUUAUGUUCCCUCCUUUUCAUCCAUGUCUGUUGGGCUUACUAUUGUCUGGAUUCUUUCCCAGUUCUUGUUCAUUUUUUGAUGUCAAUGAUUCAUUCUGAUCUGAAUGUUGCAGGUUA